CUCAGGCAGUUUACCUGCCGAGGUUAAAGGGGUUGAGAACUCAGGCAGUUACCUGCAGAGGUAAAAAGCCCGUUUCUUGUUGACAACCACAAAGAAGCAACAACACGUACGAAAACCACAGCUUGCUUUGUUUGACGUUUGGAUCCUUCCUCUCGAUCCACCCAAGCAUACCGUAGCGUACAGCUCAUACCAGUAUCAUAGCAUGUCGAAACAGUUGUUUGUAGAGCAGCUGCACACGGAAAGCUCCCCGUUGGUGAAAGUGGCGAUUGGGCUUCUUGCUGGACUUGUCUCGUCGCUCAUUUAUCGAUGGAACCGUCAUGCGGCAUCCCAAGAUGCCUUGGCAUAUGCUGCCAUGAUUCGGCAACAACAAGAGGCAGCAGUGGAACAGAAGCAACAACAAAUGGACACUCAUCAGAAGGAAACUGACGGUGAAACGGAAGCGCCGGACAGUAGGGAAAGUGUCAGUUCAGAUGCAAGAGUAUACCCAGCGCUACCUGCAAGUGACGGCAGCGAUACCAUUGAGGACAUUAAUAAUAUACAAGCAGAAGAAGAGGUAGACGACGAAAAGAAAGCAGCACCACAGCCAAGAACCAAGAAAAAGCUCAGCCAGCCGACGUGAUGACACCAAUGCCAUUGAUCUGGCCGAUUUCCAAAGCAACAGCAACCAAUGGAGAUGCGCCUGUGAAGGUGGGUUCCUCCCUCCUGGCAUGCUUUCGUCAUUAGGAGGAGCAGAGGCUGUGUUUCGCAUGGGGACAGGACAGUGCUACCACAAGCAAGCUUGACAACAAUACACGCGAAAGAAAAAAGUCCGUUGGGGCACUAAUAUCGAUGGCGUUGGGUACCGUACCCCUCGUCAUGGUGCACCUCAGAGGAAGUGCAAACCCGUGCCAAGCUUGUCCAUUACUACCAGCUAGUACACUUACUUCUACUAUGUGUAAUCUUGUUGGAUCCUUUGAGUCUCCACACGAGAGGCUGCUAUCGAUCCAGAGGCAGUUGGGUAAGUUG